CCGCUGCCCAAGCUGGCCUUUUGCUGCGCGCCCGCGCAUCCCAGCAGCAGCAGCAGCAGCAGCAAAUUGGAGGCGCUGCUGGUGCAGCUGGAAGGGAUAGCAAUGCGCUGCUGCUGCAGCUGCUGCUGCCAGGUCCUUCGUUGAAAUGGUCUCUGCUGUUGACGGGGACCCAUGUUGUUGGCAGCAGCAUCGAGGCCUUUGCUCUGAGCUGCUGGGGCGAAAGCAGCAGCAACAGCAGCAGCAGCAGGAGCAGCAGCAACGCGGAAGCACUUGCUGCUGCUGCUGCUGAGGCUGUGCAUGCAGUCACAUGCACUGCAGUGCAUGCAGCAGCCACGCUUCAGCUGCUGCUGGAGAGUCCGCCAGCAGCUGCAGCUGCUGCUGCUGCUUCGGAGCCGCAGGUGGUUUCCCUCAUAGUGGCGACGCUGCAGUGCAGCCUCCACCUGCUGCGGGAGUUGGUGCUGCGGGCGCUGGGUGUGUACCCUAAGGAGCAGCAGCAGCAGCAGGAAGAGCAGCAGCUGCUGCAGCUGCUGCUGCAGCGCACCCAGCGCCUCGAAGGCGGGCCACGUCCGCUGCAUGCAGGUGCAGCAGAGGGCUAUGCUGCUGCUGCUGCUGGCUGCGGCGUCUCGGGCAGCUGGGCUGCUUCAGGUGUUCGAGCAGCAGCAACCAGCAGCAAGCUCAUCUCUCUGUCUCCUUUGCUGCCGCAGCUGCUGCAGCAGCUGCCGUCAUUGGUGCU